UCUUCCUUUCGUACCUUCUCUAGCUAAAUACUGCCGAGUUUUACGUUCAUUCGCCAUCAUCUGCUUGCCAACGUGCGCGUGCGCAGGUCUUCAGGUCAUAAUGUCGCUCAAUGGCGAGUCGCCUCUUUCACGCGCAGGGUUACUGCCAGGUCCCUCAUCCGUCCCUUCAGUUGCUCAUACCCAGAUGUCCAUUCGCGCGAAAACGGUUCAGCUUUCGAGCAAUGAAGACGAGGUUGACUUGACCUACACCCCAUCCCCUCCUGCGUCUCCCAAUGAGACAACUUCUCUUUUAACCCCCGCUGCACAAUCUCUGCGUAAUUCAAUUCCAAAAGCGCCUAGCCGUAUAUCCCAAGGACAGCCCCGCGUUCUUGUUUUCUUGCUUGAAACUGUCCAGACGUCCCUCAAAAGCAUCCCCGCCGUCAUUCUAGGGAGCCUUCUAAACAUCCUGGAUGGUGUCUCGUACGGAAUGAUUAUAUUUCCAGCUUCAGGCGUCUUUGACGAGUACCAAAUGGCGCCUAUAGGCGUAUCCAUGUUUUUCCUUUCGACAUUAACCGCUCAAUUAACCUAUACCCUUGGAGCAAGUCAGUUCCCAGGUGCCAACGGCAGCAUGAUGAUUGAAGUGGUCCCCUUCUUUCACAUGAUCGCGCUGUCAAUUUCGGCGGAUCUCGAGUCCCCCACAGAAAUAUUAGCCACAACGCUAGUGUCCUAUGCCUUAAGCUCUGUGUUGACAGGCAUCGCGUUUUUUCUGCUAGGAUAUCUGAAGCUCGGCACCCUUAUUGGUUUCUUCCCGAGACAUAUUCUCGUCGGGUGUAUUGGAGGCGUUGGUGCCUUUCUAGUCGAAACAGGGCUCGAAGUUUCUCUUUCCCUGACAUCCACUUCAACGUCCACUCCGCUUCCUCAUAUGUUUACAUCUCUACACAACAUCAUCUUAUGGGGAGUACCUCUGUUCCUCGCAAUUUUCUUGCGAGUGGGGAUGUGGCUUUACGGGAAAAUGCACAAAGGUGGCGACGGAGAAGCUAACUCUGGCAUCUUUGUUGGUUAUUUUAUUGCGAUCCCCGUCAUCUUCUACGUAGUGGUCUUGGCUGCGGGAAUACCCAUGGAUGUCUUGAGAAAAAACGGAUGGGUCUUCGACGUACAGAGCGGUAAUGAGGCAGGAUGGUAUAAGUUCUAUGGAUAUUUUGGUAGGUGCAAUUUGCGCUCAACUUCGAGAUACUCGUUCAGCUUUGCCCCAGACUUCACGCAAGUCCGUUUCAAACCACUCUGGGACACCUUACCAACGCAAUUCGCGCUCCUGUUCUUUAACAUCUUACAUCCUCCUCUGAAUGUUCCGGCACUGUCCAUAUCCCUUAACGAGGAUGACAUCGAUACUAACAAAGAACUUGUUGCACAUGGUUAUUCUAACCUCUUUGCUGGGCUAAUAGGAACUGUACCCAACUAUCUCGUUUACGUCAACACGCUACUAUUUUAUCGUGUCGGAGGUACCACACGUAUUUCUGGAUUUCUUCUGGCAGCUGCCACGGCCGUCCUUUUGGCUAUUGGUACGGGAUUUGUCGGAUACAUUCCGGUUAUGGUCGUCGGAGCAUUGAUAUUCGUGCUCGGUAUCGAUCUGGUCAAGGAGGCAAUAUGGGACACCAGAGGACGCGUGAGCCGGUCCGAGUACAUUACUAUUAUCAGUAUUAUGGUUUGUAUGACGGUGUGGGACUUUGUUAUUGGGGUUCUUUUCGGCAUCAUUGUCUGCUGUCUUUUCUUCGUCAUCCAAACAUCCCGACUGAGUGUGAUUCGCGCGCUACACACCGGGUCGACGGCGCCGUCAACAGUGAGAAGGCCAAGUGUGCAGCGAGCCUACAUCAGGGAGGUGUCUGGAAAGCAGACAUGCGUUAUGCGGUUAGGUGGUUUCAUGUUCUUCGGGAAUGUUACGGAAGUUGAAGAGGGCGUGAGGAGAGUACUGGGUGGGGCGUUCGAGAAGGAUGAUGGGUAUGGAAGCACGAGGGACAGGGUCGAAACCCCGGGCAUACGUUUCCUUGUGUUGGAUCUUACUCAUGUGGCCGGUGUUGACAUGAGUGCUAUUGAAGGACUCGUAAGGGUACGGAGAAUGUUGGAGAAGAAGGGCGUGUGUCUAGUGAUGUGUGGUGUUAGAAGGGGAGAGGGGCCUGUGGGAAAGGCGCUGGAUGUUUUCUUUGGCGACGAAGCGGAAUCAGAGGAUCCGCCGGGAGCCGUGGAAGCCGGGAUAGGUUCAAAGGUGGAAGUGUUCGAUACUUUCGGGGAUGCCAUGGAAUGGACAGAAAACGCGUAUCUGAAAGCCUGGUUCAAGGCUCAAAAGGUCGCUAGGAGUGUUCCAUUUCUACUUCCUGGUCGACAAGACGCCGAUGUUGCGGACUAUAGCGAAAGCGGGCUGGGUCUCAGUAUGCUUGGGUCUCCGAGGAUCGUCCAUCUAUACGACGCAGGUUCCCGGACCAUCGCGAAUGAGCUCUACCCCUCGACGCCACCCAGUCAUGACCAAGCGUCAAUCCCUUCACUUUCUCUUGGAGGCACCCCGCCAAGACUUCUUCGAGAGCCCGCGUCCGGACGUGAUCGCGGACAUCUGAUGCCUCCGCAUGAGUUUCCCAAUCACCCUCUACGUGAACCGUUUCCUACACUGUCCCGCGCGUUGUCGCCGUACACAAGUCUUGACCUUAGCCCCCUCCCUGCGUACCUCAGUCGCGUAUGCUACCCCGCUGGACAUGUUUUGUGGCGACAGAAUGACCCGCCAGAUGGGUUGUAUAUUAUCGAGAAAGGCGUUCUGCGGGCUUCAUAUGCAUUUGAGUCUUGGAGUUCGAACACGGGCCUGGAGAGUUCUUCUCAUAACAACGAGACUUACACCCACCCACCACAUAUUGAAGAGUCGAUGGUAUCGGGAACUGUUGCAGGUGAGCUCUCGGCUCUGUCGAAUAUGCCACGAAAUGCGACUAUGGUUGUGGAGAGGGAUGUGGUGCUAUGGAAGUUGGGCCGGGAGGCGCUGGGACGGAUGCAAGAAGAGAAGCCCAUCUUUGCGAAACAGCUCGUUGAGGCUAUCUUAAAAUCGGCGAAAAUCGACUACGACAUUUUGCUGGCCGCGUUGGCUACAAGGCAAUGAUCUGUAUAGACAUAUACUUCUUAGAUUUUUCUUUCGUCUUUUUUUUCAGGGACUGGAUGGAUACAAGCAAACACACAAGCAAUGUUGUCACCACGCAGAUUUGAUUUUAUCUUUCUUGCUAUCAGAUUAUCGCAUAAAUAUGUAACCACACAAUUUAUCUGCCUUGCACAGUAACGGGAUUAUGGACCGUGCGAUUACCUUAUUGAAACGCUAAUUAUCGGACGACAACUGCUCUUCCACUCGAUGGAAACCUUCCAGGGUCGAAUAACAGGUUGUGUUUGGCGCGACUGACAUUCCACGACAAUACUUUAGAUGUUGUACUGAG